AUGCAGAAGUAUGUUAUCGUAUCAAACCCAUUAAAGACCGUUUAUUCCUUAGAUCAAUUUACAAUACAAAGUACCACUCCUACUACCACCACCACUACCACCACCACCACUCCUACUCCUACCACCACUACAACUAUUACCACUACCACCACCACUUCUCCCCCUACCACCUCGAAUACAGAACCACCCACCACCACCAAACCAUGGUGGUUCGUCGAGUACAGUCAAGAUGGAAAGGCCAUAGGGAAAAAUGGAAAGACGUUUGAGGAGUCGGUGCCUCCUGCUCGGUUCGGUAUUAUCGGGAUCGCCGUGGGGUUGGGUACGUUUGGUGUAAUAAUGGCGCUGAUCUGCGUGCUGUGGACUUGCUGCAUCAGAAACAAGGCUGACUUUGUGGACACAGAGGAUGACGAGGAAGAAAAACCUAAACCGAUCAUGUUUAGCCCCACUUCUGUCAAACCUCACGGCAUUCAGUACAUUGCUUGAAAUGGAUUGAG